AUGUCUAGCCCCGCUAAGGCAACGGACGGUAAAAUCGCGGAUCUCUCCCCGUCUGAGCUUCGGCUCAUGGUCUUUAGCAACCUGUGCUACGGGGAGGUCAAGCCUGACACGGAAAAACUGGCCAAAUUGACUGGAAUCAAGCGCAGAUCCGCUGCCUCCAUGUGGUUGCCCGCGAAGCGCAAGCUCGAAGCCUUCGUCAACAGGAAUGAGACCACCGACGAUAAGGAUGCUGCCAACCAAUCUUCUCCCGCAGCUUCUCCAGCCAAGCCUCGUACCAUAAAGCGACGCAAGACUGUUUCCAAGAGAGUCGUUGAGGAGUCGGAUACCGAAGAGGAGCAGCUCAAGAAAGAGAACGACGAUGACUCCGAUUUCAUCCCGACCAAGAAUGAGAAGAUCAUCAAAGAAGAGUCCGAUGAGUAA